UUUGUGACCGAGCAGGAACCAUAUUUGAAAGUGAAAGCUUCGCAAUACAGUGGUUUAACGAAACUUUCCUUGGCUCAUCUCCCUUUGAAAAGCACCGCUACUCUUCUAGAGUAGCCGGGAUUUCUUAUAAUGAUGCAGGUGUCCGUGAAGACGCUAGAUUCGCAAACAAAAGUUUUCACGGUCUCUGAGGAGUCCACUGUGAAGGAAUUUAAGGAUCAAAUUGCUUCCGAUGUGAAUAUACCCUCUGACAAGCAAAGGCUUAUUUUCAAAGGCAAGGUAUUGCAGGAUGAUAAGAAGCUUUCAGAAUAUGGUGUUGAUGGUUGUGUAAUUCACCUUGUGGAAAGGAAACCUCCACCUCUUGGAGCAAGUUCUCAAGAUGGUCCCAAUGGCUCCAGCAGCAGCUCUACCAGCUCAUCAGGAAGCCUGCCUCUUGGAGUUGGCCCUAACAUUGUCAUGGGAGCAUUUUCUAUGCCAGUUGAUGUAGUAGGAGCUACUCAGCAAAUUGUUCAGAGCCUUGUCAAUCAGCUCGGAGUGGAUUCUGCGCAAGCAAAUAUCAGCACCACAUCAUCUGAUGAUGGAUCUUCAGUGAAUGUUCACAUCAACCUUCAGGCCACAACUCAGCCUGGAAAUGAUGUAUCACAGAGGAUUAAUAGGGCAAGACAUUUCAUGAGAGCUGCAUCUAAUUCUCUUAACAGAUCUGAGGGUGAUGGAGUUCUUCCUAUGGAUACAUCAGAAACACCAAGUACUGCAAAUGCCAAUCAAGCUGAGGGAUCCUCAACAGAAACUGGCAGCCAAACUUCAAACCUUUCCAGUCCAGCAGCCUUGGCAGAAGUAUUGAGGGAUGCAAGGGACUCCAUGACUACAAUGCAAACAGUAUUGGACAGAUAUGCUUCUCUUCUUGACUCUAACUCUCCAGAGAACUUAGAUGCUUCUGAAGACACCUUACCUGAUAGAGUGGCGGAAGCAUUCCACAACCUCAGUCAUGCUUACCAUGCUCUGUCAGACCUUACCUUCAAUUUCCGUGGUCCUGAACCAAGACGGCCAAGUGUGCUCACAUCACUAUCUCCACACAUUCCACAAGUGCCUAUGUUGUCAAGCUUUGUUGGUGCACCUCAGAUGAUACCAAAUCCAAUGGCUCAGCCUCCUCAGCAACCUGCUGCCAGCUCCACAACAGCACAGACCAGCCAACCAGCACCAGCUACCCCACAGAUACCAUUGGGCACCAAUCAGAAUUUGAGGAUCCAUGUGAAUCCUCAGGGUGGAAUCUCAUUGACCACCAUCAUAUCAAAUGUGUCACAUCCAGGCACCACUGCACCAGUCAACAGCUUGUCUACACCAUCAAUGACAUCCACAAGUGGUACACGGAUGAGUGCCAGUGCAGAUAAUGGUGCUGCAAGAGAGACUUUUUCAAGCUCCUUUGGGGAGCAGAGGUCAUCAGUUGGUACUGAUGCAAAUAAUGGUGCAACUGCAAGCACAACCAACAGUAGUACUAGUACGUCAACUCAGACUCAACCUAGUGUCCGGACUCGCAUUAUUGUAGAUGACUUCAUUGCAUUAGUGUCAAAUGUGCCAGCUUCCAUGGCUGCUGCUAUGGCUGCAGCUCAGGGUGGUCAGGUCCCUUCAGGGAUGUCAGUGGCUCAGAAUCAAUCUCAGACACCGGGCCAAGGAGUAGCAACAGUAACAAGCACUCCGGUGCCAACACCUGGAACACAGAGUACAACAGCUGGGCAGGGUCAAGUCAGACCUCAGGGAUUACCAGGUGCUAUGUCCUUGAAUCUUAUGUCUGGUAUGGGAGGAGGAGGAGGAGCAGCAGCAGCAGCAGCAGCUUCAAACUCAAAUCAUCCUGACCCAUCUUUACCUUGCCAGUCAUUUCAUUUUGGCCCUCAGGGACAGCGCACUCAGCCACAGCAAACCAGUCAACCACAAUCAACUCAAUCUACUGCUACUACAGUGACUAGGUCUCCAGCUCAGACACCAAUAGCCAGCACUGCCUCUGAGACAGCAGCAACAAGUACUCCAGCUUCAACUUCUGAAACUACCAGUGCUUCUCAGGCUCAACCCCAAACUCAGGGAGCAGCUGGUGAUAAGAAGUCCACUAAUAAACCUCCUGCACAAGAACAACCAGCAAGAACACCCCCAGAGCGGAGGAGAGCCCGUGACCGUACAAUAUCUCCAGCUGACUUGCAAGGGAUUCUAGGGAUGAUUGCACAUGAUCAGAGGACUGGCUUUAGAGGAUUCCCAUCACUUUUCCCCAGUGGCUCACCUAGACAGUCACCUGGUCAAAGGAGUGCUUCAGAUUCAAGGCGAUCAAUGAUGGAUUUCAUAGAUUCAAUGAUGAAUUUCAAUGAAGGUCAGACACAGACAAUUAAUUCCUUGAUUGAAACAAUGAGACAGAGUGGACUGGAUAUUCAAGACGAAGAAGGACUGGUUCCUGCUUUAUAUCAGCGUUUGAGUGCCGUGAUGACAAUUGAGGAUGUCAUGGGCGUGGUCAUGGGUUCUGAGAGACCAUUUGAACGAAUCCAGCCAGCUUUGAUGGUGUACGUGAAGGAGGACCUUUUGCAUGGACAAGAAGCAACAAAUGAAAACCUACGGAAAGCCGUGGAGGAGUUGACUAAAGAGAUCGUUGAUGGCGUUGGAGACUCCCUUAAAGUUGCUCCAACAAAUAAUGAUAUUGAUAUCGUGGAGUCUGCGCAGAGUUUCCUGGAGCAUUAUUUCAGAAAUGCAGUGGACUUGGUUUUAAAUUCAGAAGAGAACCCCAGGUUUGCUGAGUACUUUCAAGGUCACAUGAAAGACAUAGCCGCAGAAUUCUUCACUAUGCUGGUGUUUUGCUACAGAGAUGGGCUGGAUGGAGUGGAACAAGUGAUCAGAAAUAGACUUCCCACAUCGAGUUUAACACAAGACAUGGAUGAACGUGCUCGAGAAGUGUUUGUGCAGCUACUACUGAGGAAUAUCCGUCAGAUGUACUACAGUAGGGCGUAUUGUGAGGGGCGACUACAGCGCUUCAUGAUAAAACGCCGCACCCCUCCACCACCGCCUCCGGCACAACCUGAAGCUCCCUCUAAACCUCCCACAAGGAGCUCCUCUGAGGAAAAAAAGGAGGGCGAUAAGAAAGCGGGGGAGGCCAUAGACGAAGACAUGGACAGUCAGGGUUCUGAUGAUUCGGAGACGUUUGCAACUCCUCCUGCGUCCAUGAUAACAGGGAAUGAUACAGAAAGGCUUAAUGCAGAGUUACCGGUGGGUGAAGAGGCUAUGGAGGAAGAGCAAGGGGAUGAACAGUGGAAAUCUAUUAUGCCUGAGGAGUGGAUCCCCGUAAUCACUACAGACAUUGUCCGGCAAAGACGACUGCCACCACAAGCGCCUUUUAGCGAUGCUUACGUCAAUGGACUCCCACCCAAGAGGCGUAAGAUGAUAGACCAACGAGGCAUUACCCCAAGUGAAGACAGUAUUGGUGAUGCACUGAAGAGUGCGGCUACAGCCACAGGAGCCACGCCUCUUACAAGUCUGGACGAUCUUUCAAGAGCUGCCAAGGGAAAUCGUACCCUCCAUGGUGCAUAUCGAAGGGAGAUUCAAAAAGAAAUAAAGACAAGACUGGAAAAAGACACAGAUUAUAGACCUGAUAGAUUCCCUCAGACAAGGGACUAUUUUGACAAAGAUUCACAGAAGAAGUAGCACUAGAAAUGCGGCGAGCGGAUGAAAUAGCUCGACUGUAUACAGAAAUCCCUCAAUCACCAUAGAGUUGGUCAUUAUAGGUGUGACCAGUUGCCCUCCGUGCCCUUAGCUCGGGAGGCUCAAUUUAAUCAAGUUGAAAAUCGUCAAAUGACGGUGCUUUGUAAAGCUUAUCGGAUGGACCUUCAAUCUUUGUGCGGAUUAGAACUUUGGGUUGACCAAGUUCAAAGACGCCGCAAACUGAGAUGUAUGUGUCGACAUUUUCAAUUUUUUGUCUUCGUUUUGGGUUUAAAUCUUUUGUGAACAAAAUCAAUCUGUCCUUCUCAGCCUCGUAUCGUUAGGACUCGCUUCAAUAGAAUCAUCGGAGAUGUUAGAGCAAAAGGCGCCAGGUGUUCUUAGUUAAAAUCAAUUUCUUAACCCCCGCGUCCAGCACGGUGUAAUCUGCAGAUUUUAUGAUAAGUUAAUUCUCAAGGAGAUAUUUAGGUAACAUCUCUACUCAGUUUAAUUGACAUCCUUUGUUUUAAAAUGACCAAUCAAAAAACCCUGUGACCUUUUAAUUUAAACAAACUGAUGAUUACUUUUUGUCGAUUUGUUGUUUCUUUUUUUGUUUGUUCAUGUUUGUUUGUUUUUUUUGUCUUGCUGUGUGUUUUCUUGGUGUUAAUGUUUUGCUCUUUUUAGUCACUUUAACUUUAAUAGCUCUUGGGAUUUAUCACUAGACCUAUACUUCAUCACGCCAAAAGUAUUGGACCAGAGGAUGCACCAAUAAAACUGCACACAGUCACAGUGUGCAGUGAAAAGCUCUAGUCUGAAAACCAAAGCGGUUUUUUUGUUUGUUCAUGCUUGUUUGUUUGUUUUUUUGUCUUGCUGUGUGUGUUUUCUUGGUGUUAAUGUUUUGCUCUUUUUAGUCACUUUAACUUUAAUAGCUCUUGGGAUUUAUUACUACACCUAUACUUCAUCACGCCAAAAGUAUUGGACCAGAGGAUGCACCACUAAAACUGCACAGAGUCACAGUGUGCAGUGAAAAGCUCUAGUCUGAAAACCAAAGCGGUUUGUAAGGAUGUUGAAUUGUUAUUGGCUUAUUAAAAAAAAAUACCAUUGAAUAAAUCAUAUUUCAAUUAA